GAAUCUUUCUCGUAACGCAAAGUCAAUGAUGGAAACUAAGAAAGAGGGACCAGGAUCACUUCAAAUGCUCUUUCGAGCUUAUUUGAGAUUUUUAAAGGAGAAGCCUAUCAUUACAAAAUCGCUUACAAGUGGUUUGAUUGCUGGUAUUGGAGAUGUCAUUGCACAGAGAAUAGUGGAUCCUUCAGCACCUUACACAUUCAGGUCAACAGCAGCAUUUGCAGUUCUUGGGACCUUCUUCACCGGGCCCCUCUCUCACUACUUCUACGCAUGGCUGCAGAAGACAUUUCCAGGCAAAGAUGUACCAACAUCCAUAAAGAAAAUAUUAUGCGACCGUCUUGUGUUUGCCCCGCCCUACCUCUUGGCCUUCUUCUACCUUCUCGGAAUACUUGAGGGUAAAGGUCAUGCUCAAUCUGUAGAAAAGAUUAGAGAAACAUACUGGAUAGCAUUGAAGAUGAACUGGAGGAUAUGGACUAUCAGUCAAUACAUUAACAUCAAUUAUGUGCCUUUACAGUUCCGUGUACUGUUUGCUAGUAUGAUAGCCUUCAUUUGGACUAUCUAUCUAGCUGUAAUGAGGAGAAGAUGAACAAUAACUGACGAUAGCCUAGUUUAUAGCAGGGUAAUCAAGCCUAAUGACAUCAACGCAAGCCAAUUCAUCAUUUGGUCAAGCAAUCCAACCUGCCCUGUGAUUUGUCGAUCCACUCAUUCCUGCAGCUUUGAUUCUGAGGUAAAUUACAUGGAAGAUCAGUGCGAAUCAUGGCUCUAUUAAUUGAUUUUUUUAUAAAUCAAUGCAUGGUCUCAUCGAAUGCAGGU